CUUGGAUUUCAUACUGAUUUGCACACUAUAAAUUUCGCACGAAUUCAAUGGUAAAUUAUCAGUUAGAUUCCAUAUCUCAAACUAUACAACAGCAGCAACAUGUUCAAAUACAUUACCUUCGCCGCUCUCUUCGCCAUCGCCACCGCUGCUCCUGGUUUCAUCGCUCAACCUGUUGUGGCCAAAGUCGGUGCCGUUGUACACACCGUUCCAUCUGCCACCUCCCACCAGAGCAUCACUCAAGUGCACAAUAAUGCGCAUAUUGUUACACCUGUUGUGAAAGCUGUAGCUCCAGUGGUUCAUGUUGCUCCGGUUGUGAAGACCUACUCUGCUCCUGUGGUUCCAGUAGUCAAGACUGUUGCUCCAGUCGUCCCCGUGGUUAAUGCUGCUCCCGUAGUUCCAGUAGUGAAGACUUACUCCGCCCCGGUGGUUCAUCAUGUUCCGGUUGUGAAGUCUGUUGUUGCGCCCGUCGUACCAGUGGUUCAUGCUGCUCCAGUCGCCCACAUUGUUCACCAUUAAUACAACUGCAUACCCGAUAAAAAAAUGUCUGAAUAAAUGUUAUUGUAAUUUUAGAAA